UUCCUUUUCGUGAGCUAUCAGAGACUACGAUGGCCAAAAUAAAGGCCAGAGACCUUCGGGGCAAGAAGAAGGAGGAGCUACUUAAGCAACUUGAAGACCUCAAGGUGGAACUAUCACAGCUCCGUGUUGCCAAGGUUACCGGUGGUGCAGCAUCCAAGCUCUCCAAGAUUCGUGUUGUUCGAAAGUCCAUCGCCAGAGUCCUGACAGUGAUCAACCAGACCCAGAAGGAGAACCUGAGGAAAUUCUACAAGGGUAAGAAAUACAAGCCACUAGACCUGAGACCCAGGAAGACCCGUGCCAUGCGCAGGCGACUGAACAAACACGAAGAGAGCCUGAUGACAAAAAAGAUGCAGAGGAAAUCACGCUUGUACACUAUUCGCAAGUUUGCUGUCAAGGCUUGAGUCUGUACUUUUUUUCUAUUGAAAAUAAAUUCCCUUUCCUUGG